AUCUCAGAUCGACUAGGUGUAUUUAUAUUCGGUAUAUGUCUAUCACAAACUUCUCACUUUCUCUCUCUCUCUCACAGAGCCAAGAACAUGAAGCAAACUUUGUGCCUCGCAGUGUGUGUUCUCUUCCUCAUUUUAUCAACAAGCUCAUCUGCAAUUCGAAGAGGAAAAGAAGAUCCAGAGAUAAAUCCAUUAGUUUCAGUUACACCAGUGGAAGAGGACUCAGUUAAUAAAUUGAUGGGAAUGGAAUAUUGUGGAGAAGGAGAUGAAGAAUGUUUGAAGAGAAGGAUGAUGACGGAAUCUCACUUAGACUACAUUUACACACAGCACCAUAAGCAUUGACAUUAAUUGUUAACAUUUUAAUUAAUUUGCAUACAAAUAUGUAUGUGUAUGUUUUGUGUUAAUGUUACUUAGCUAUAUAUGUAUUGUAUAUGAGUCCUAUGUGACAAAACAGCUCCAAGAAACCAAUAUUUUGGUUUUUAAUUAGAGAAAAAAAUGUUGAUUGAAUUAA